UUUUUCCCCAUUGGCCGCCGGAGGAGGGGGGGCGCGUUCUUGCUCGCCUGGCCUUCGACGGGGAGGGCAGAACGCGCGCCAGGCUGGGCAGCGCCUCGCGCCUAUAUAAAGUCCAGCCGGGCAUCCUUGCGCUCCAGCCAAGGCAGAAGGUGCCAAACGGGAACGGAGGACCGGAGAUUUUUUUGUGUGUGUCCCACCCCCACUCCGACGGGCAGAGAAAGGAAGCUUGCAGGGCGCUGUUCCAAAAGGGGAGAGCCGACGGCCAGUUAAGCCAGCCGGGCUAGGCGAGCGAGCGAGCGAGCGAGCAAGCGCCCAAGGCACCCAACCCAUCCACCCUUUCUUGGCCCUGCAUGGCGUCUACCGGGAUCCAGCUGCUGGGCUUGGCCCUGUGCGUGCUGGGCUGGACCGGGGCCAUCCUGGUGGCCGCCCUGCCCUCCUGGCAAGUCUCGGCGUUCAUCGAAGGUCACCUGGUGGUGUCGCAGACCACCUGGGAAGGGCUGUGGAUGGCCUGCGUGGUGCAAAGCACCGGGCAGAUGCAGUGCAAGGUCUUCGACUCCAUCCUGGCGCUCAGCCCGCAGAUCCAAGCCGGCCGGACCCUGAUGGUCAUCGGCGCAGUGCUGGGGCUGGUGGCGCUGCUGGUGACGGUGACCGGCGCGCAGUGCACCACCUGCAUGCACGGGGCUAAGAUCAAGGACUGGAUCGCGGGCAUCGGGGGCGGCCUCUUCGUGGUCUGCGGCUUCCUGGUGCUGGUGCCCCCCUCCUGGUUCGCCAACACCAUCAUCAGCAACUUCUACGACCCCAACGUCGAGCCUUCCAAGAAGCGGGAGAUGGGCGCCGCGCUCUACCUGGGCUGGGCGGCCGCCACGCUGCUCCUGCUGGGCGGCGCGCUCAUCUGCGGAGCCUCGGCUUGGAAAGACCCCAGCGGCGGCUUCCCCGUCAAGUACUCGGCCCACCGGCGCCCCGUCGCCCCGCUCUCCAACGGCGCAGGAGGGGAGUACGACAAGAAGAACUACGUCUGAGAAGGGUGCGGCUAGGCAGCCUCAAGGGGUCCCUUUCCCCCCCCCCUUCCGGAGAGCGCCACCCACCCGUCGCGGGGCCGAGGGAAGAGCUGGCGGAGGGGAAGGGUGGUCCUCGGAGGAAGACGGCUCCCCGCUUGGGGUGACUUUAGGGGGGGAGAAGACCCCCCCCAAAAAAACCUAAAAAAAAAAAAAAUUCGCACCCGGGACUCUUCCUUUACUUUUUGAGAAUUCUUCUUUGCGUGGACUUCGAAUUGUACUAGCUCUCAUUGAGGGCCUGGCUGCGCUGCUCCUUUUUCGAGGAGGGGGUCAGCUCUCCCACUGUAACCCCCCACCUAUUUUCUGAAGUUAGUUUUUAGAUGAUGCCUAAGGAUAUUUUUUUAAAAAACUCCUGGAAACAGGAACUCGAAAAUCAAGGGGUGAUGCUUUGUUUGGGACGGGGAUUCCGCUCUGUUCUUCUUGUAAAUAUGAAGUGGGGGCUCUCACUUUGGGGUGUGUGUGUGUAUUAUGCCGAGAUGAUCAGAGGGGGUUGUGUUUUAUUAGCAAUGUGAAGAUGUAAGAGGUCAAGUACUUCUUCAGAGAAGCCGUGAGCCUGGACCAGGUUUUAGGGAAUGUUAUCGGGGUGGGGGAUGUUCUCUUCCCGUUUCUACACUUCCUUUCUUUUCCUAUCACUACUUUUGGUUUUCUCUUCCUUCUCUCUUUCAAAACUGGGCGAAAGAUUCCCUUGGACAAAAUUAGAAUUGACCUAGCAUUCCGCGGCCUUUUUAAAUACCAAUUUCUUCCUUUAUGGCCUCCAUUAAAUAGCCAUUUCUUUGACGGCCUCUCCUCUAAAACAGAUUUUAUUCCAAGAAGGUUUCUUGUCUUCUGAUUGGUCUUCGCCAGGCCAAACUUCUCCACCGCACUGCACUGCCUUAUUUUUAAAUGAUGUAAUUAUGAUCCUUAAGUGAUGGGAUGACUCGGUGAAAUCUGGACUGGAUGUUUUGUUUCCAAAUGACCGUUUCAGUGUUGACUUUUUAUUUGUCUGCCAAAUAAAAAAAAAAUCUACCCCAGGUUUUAAAAUUCAGUAGAGAACCUUCAGUUUGUCAAAGUUUCCGAGUUUGACCUGGUUCUCUUUCCGUUUGCAAGCAUUGCUUUUUAGUUCACUUCAGUGGAUUCAAAGCAGGGAUAAUUCUGGUACUGUAUUUUUAUUAUUAUUAUUUCACGCUGUAACUUAAGAAAAAAUCUGUCUUCAUCAACAGUGUUCUCAAAUCAAAGAUCUGGUAUAUUCUAUAUAUCUGCAUAUUUAUAAUAUAUAUGUGUAUAUAUGAAAUUACAUGUCUCCUUUUCAUGG